AUGGCAGACAAAAUUAAAGAUGCUAAGAUCAUCUUUGUUGUGGGGGGCCCCGGCUCCGGGAAGGGCACUCAGUGUGAGAAGGUUGUGGCAAAGUACGGCUACACUCACCUGUCGUCCGGAGACCUGCUGAGGGCCGAGGUGUCGUCCGGCUCUGAGAGGGGGAAGCAGCUCCAGGCCAUCAUGCAGAAGGGAGAGCUGGUGCCUCUGGACACCGUCUUGGACAUGAUCAAAGACGCCAUGAUCGCCAAGGCCGACGUCUCCAAGGGCUUCCUCAUCGACGGCUACCCCCGCGAGGUGAAGCAGGGCGAGGAGUUUGAGAAGAAGAUCGGGAAACCCUGCCUCCUGCUGUACGUGGACGCCAAGGGAGAGACCAUGGUCCAGAGGCUGCUGAAGCGCGGAGAGACCAGCGGGCGCUCCGACGACAACGAGGAGACCAUCAAGAAGCGCCUGGACCUGUACUAUAAAGCCACCGAGCCCGUUAUCGCCUUCUAUGAGAGCAGAGGCAUCGUCAGGAAGAUAAACUCGGAGCUGCCGGUGGAUGAAGUGUUCGCGGAGGUGGCGAAGGCGAUCGAUGCUUUGUAG